UUUUUUUUUUUUGUCUUUUGAUAUUCAGGAGAAGAGAUAAGAGAGGAAGUUUCACCAUGAAGGCGCUAAUUCUUGUUGGUGGAUUUGGGACCCGUUUGAGGCCAUUGACCCUCAGUGUUCCAAAACCACUUGUGGAUUUUGCCAACAAACCUAUGAUCCUUCAUCAGAUUGAAGCUCUGAAGGAGGUGGGGGUUACUGAAGUUGUUUUAGCAAUAAAUUACCAGCCAGAGGUCAUGCUCAAUUUUCUCAAGGAAUUUGAAACAAAGAUUGGUAUAACAAUUACCUGCUCUCAGGAGACUGAACCUCUAGGAACAGCCGGACCUCUUGCUCUUGCAAGAGAUAAGCUAGUGGAUGGGUCUGGUGAGCCUUUCUUUGUCCUCAACAGUGAUGUUAUAAGUGAAUACCCAUUUGCUGAACUCAUUAAAUUCCACAAAUCCCAUGGAGGAGAGGCCACAAUUAUGGUCACAAAGGUAGAUGAACCUUCAAAGUAUGGUGUUGUUGUCAUGGAGGAGGGAACUGGAAAAGUGGAGAGAUUUGUGGAAAAACCUAAAGUAUUUGUUGGUAACAAAAUCAAUGCUGGGAUCUACCUGCUGAAUCCCUCAGUACUCAACAGCAUUGAAUUGAGACCCACCUCAAUAGAGAAGGAAGUUUUCCCUAAAAUUGCUGCAGAUCAUAACCUCUUUGCCAUGGUCUUGCCAGGAUUCUGGAUGGACAUAGGCCAGCCAAAGGACUAUAUCACAGGCCUAAGGCUUUACCUGGAUUCCAUCAGGAAGAAAUCCCCUGCCAAACUCGCUUUCGGUUCGCAAUUCAUCGGGAACGUCCUUGUUCAUGAGACCGCUGUGAUCGGAGUGGGUUGCUUGAUUGGUCCCGAUGUUGCUAUCGGACCGGGCUGCGUGGUGGAGUCCGGCGUAAGGCUCUCGAGAUGCACAGUGAUGCGUGGAGCUCGCAUCAAGAACCACGCCUGUGUCUCAAGCAGCAUCAUUGGUUGGCAUUCAACGGUGGGGCAGUGGGCGAGGGUUGAGAACAUGACUAUCCUCGGCGAGGAUGUGCAUGUUGGUGACGAGGUUUACAGCAAUGGUGGGGUUGUCCUCCCACACAAGGAGAUCAAAUCCAGCAUUUUGAAACCUGAGAUUGUCAUGUGAUUUUGUUGUCUAGUUUGGUCAUUUUCUGGGCCGGUUUAUUUCUAUUUCAGCUUUGUGUGUUUGUGCCUGCUGCCAAGCUUGUUGUUGAGCAUCUUGGAUAUGAAAAAAAAUUUAUGUCCAGUUUAGCAUGCGUGUAUAUAAGAGCAUUAUGUAUGGACCAUGUGAUCGUGUGGAGCUUGUGACAUGGUUCGCUCUUUCAUUGCUUGUCUCUCAAUGAAUAAAUGAAAGCUUUUUUGUUUGCAA